AUGGCCAACAAGACGAGGAUUCAUGGUGAGAAAAUGGGGGAUGUUACUGUCAUUGAAAAGAUUUUAAGAUCUAUGACUCCCAAAUUCAAUUACGUUGUGUGUUCUAUUGAGGAAUCCAAUGAUCUAGACACCAUAUCUAUUGAUAAGUUGCAAAGCAGCCUUCUGAUGCAUGAACGUAGCAUGAAUGGUCAUGUUGGGGAAGAACAAGCAUUGAAGGUUAUUAUGAAGAUCAAUCAAGAGGAAGAGGUCGAGGUCAUGGCGGAUUUAGAGGAAGAGGAAAAGACUAAAGCUAACUAUGUAGAAGCUAAUGAAGAGAUGUUGUUGAUGGUUUAUGUGGUUGAUAAGAAUGCUAGCAAAGAAGAGUUAUGGUUUCUGGACUCAGGUUGUAGUAAUCAUAUGUGUGGCAAGAAGAAGUUUUUCUCUGAUAUUGAUGAAAGCUUCAGAGUGUCUGUGAAAUUGGGAAACAAUUCAAGUAUAGCUGUGAUGGGGAAAGGAAACAUAUAG